CCGGCUAGUUCCGGACAACGCCUGGUGUGUGGUAACAACGGUGGCAGCGGCAGCGGCGAGAGAGAGGAGGACGCUUCUUUUCCGGCACGUACUUCCGGCAGUAGCGACGAGGGAACCUGCUCGGGAGUCCUAGAGGCUUCGCGGGGCAGGUGAAAGGGAGAAGUGAGAGUUACAUAUUUUUAAGUACUCUAAACACCUGGCUACAACAAGGAGAAAGAAUAUAGCUAUUAUUGAAUGAGGAAUCUGUUGCUUCAGUAGCCUUUUUCUUCUAGAGUGGGUCUUUGAAUGAGGAUGACAAUGGAAGAGAUGAGGAAUGAAGCAGAGACCACUUCUAUGGUUUCCAUGCCUCUUUAUGCUGUUAUGUAUCCUGUCUUUAAUGAGCUAGAACGAGUAAAUCUAUCAGCAGCUCAAACAUUGAGAGCAGCUUUUAUUAAGGCAGAAAGGGAAAAUCCAGGUCUCACACAAGAUAUUAUCAUAAAAAUUUUGGAGAAGAAAAGUGUUGAAGUUAAUUUUACCGAAUCUCUUCUGCGCAUGGCAGCUGAUGAUGUAGAAGAGUAUAUGAUUGAAAGGCCAGAGCCAGAAUUCCAGGACCUCAAUGAAAAGGCACGAGCACUUAAACAGAUUCUCAGCAAGAUUCCAGAUGAGAUCAAUGACAGAGUGAGGUUUCUUCAGACAAUCAAGGACAUUGCCAGUGCAAUAAAGGAACUUCUCGAUACAGUAAAUAAUGUCUUCAAGAAAUACCAAUACCAGAACCGGAGGGCACUUGAACACCAAAAGAAAGAAUUUGUAAAAUACUCCAAAAGUUUCAGUGACACUUUGAAAACUUAUUUUAAAGAUGGAAAGGCAAUAAAUGUGUUCGUAAGUGCCAAUCGACUAAUUCAUCAAACUAACUUGAUACUCCAGACCUUCAAAACUGUGGCCUGAAAAAAAAACUGUAUAUGUUGAGAGCUGUACUUUUCAAUGAUGGAUAGGAUACCUUUAUAUGUAAACUUUAAAGUUUUGACUGUGUAAAUUAUCAGUCCCAAUUGAAGGGACUUAAUGCAGGAUUUUGAAUGGGAUUUAUUGCCAUCUUACACCAUAUUUUUGUAAAAACAUAGCUUAAUCAUAAUCUCACAAUGAAGAUUUUGCAUCACUUUUUUGCUAUUAUCAUUCUUUUCAGAAUUAUAAGCCAAAAGAAUUUACGCCUUAAUGUGUCAUUAUGUAACAUUCCUUAUAAGAACUGUAAAUAUUUGGUGUUCUGUUUAUGACAUUUUAACUUGAAAGCGAAAAACUGCAACAGGACUAUGUAUUUAACAAUAUUGGUGGCAAACAUUCAAUAAAUAGUUUACAUCUGUU